UUAUAACUUUCGUUAUGACACGCCUGCAUAUAUAAACUAUAACGCGUGCGUAGUUUGUCAAAUUAUAUCCACCCAUUUUUUGUCUAAAAUAAUUGGUUUAUUUUUUGUUUUCUAAUAAAGUUUUUGUGUUAAGUUCAAAUUGUUAACAUUAUCAAAUAUCAGUAAAAUGUCUGAAGAAGUAGUUACUACUCCUGAAGAGUUAUUGGAAAAUGAAGAUGAUGGUAUUUACAAACCUCCUCCAGAAAAAACUAUUGAAGAAAUUCUAGAGAUAGAUCAGGAUGAUGAAAGCUUGAGAAAAUAUAAAGAAACAUUGUUAGGAGAAGCACAAGUAGGUCCAGUUAUAGUGGAACCAGAUAAUCCAAAGAAAGUGAUACUGAAAAGAUUGGUGCUAGUCGUGCCUGAUAGGCCAGAAGUAUCUCUUGAUUUAACAGGAGAUCUAUCCAAACUGAAAAAAGAAACAUUUAUAAUAAAGGAAGGUAUUUCAUAUAGAAUGAGAAUUGAAUUUAUAGUCCAAAGAGAAAUCGUCCAUGGCUUGAAGUACAUUCAAAAGACUAGCAAAUUAGGAGUGACAGUGGACAAAAUAACUCAUAUGGUAGGAUCUUUCGCCCCCAACUCCGCAAUUCAAUCUUAUACCACCUCUCCUGAAGAUGCACCAUUUGGUAUGAUCUCAAGAGGAACAUACACAGUCCACUCCCUCUUCACUGAUGAUGACAAAAAUGAACAUUUAAAAUGGGAUUGGACCUUUGAAAUAAGGAAAGACUGGAAAGAUUAAAGUUCCUAUGGGCGUGCGGCCAGUAUUUUUAAAAUACGUUAAUAUUUACCCAAUGUCAGAACUAUUUUAUAUAAGCGUAACCUUUUUUGAAGCAACAAAAAAUCUUUUUUAAACUUUGCAGAUAUACUAAAAGUAUUGCCUUGAAUGUAUUAAAAUAUAUAUUGUCUAUCCAGUAAAGUAAUCUUUUAAUUUGGUAUAUAUUUUAUUUUCUUUUCAGAUUCUUACUUUCUUUAAAAGUACUAAAUAGAAUAAUGUGAAUGUUUCUAAAAGUCACAAUUUUAUUUACUCCACAAUUCCAGAUCAAUCUACCUUGUCUAUGUACAAACUAAAUAUAAUUAUUUUCAGUCUGUAUUUGUACAACUCUAUGUAGUAUGCUCACAUUCUGUGAAAACAAUGUCAAAAAAUAAUUUCCUUUAUCUCCUAUUCUAACAGGUCGAAAAUAGUAACAGUACCUACUUCUGUUUUGUACAAAAUUAGAUCAAGUUCAAAAAUAAAAUCAAUAAUAGAAUUCUUAUGGAAGUCAGUAUAUUUAAUUUUGUUUUCUGCAUAUGUGGACAUAUGAUUACUAUGUUGAAAAGACAGUUCAAACUAUUUUUUUUUUGAGUGUAAAAUGCUAUAUUUAUUUUAAUAAGAAUGUAGGAAAAUGCAUUACAGAUGAUUAUUCAGAAAUUUAUACGUAAAUAAAUGUGUAAACAUCGUAAUUGUUUUUUGUUUCUCCCUGUAUAAUCAGCAUUGCUUGGUAAAUUGGUGUAUAAUGAGAGCUUGAAAGAUAUCUAUAGAUAGAAUAAAAUGUUUGCAAAAUUUGUAAUAGACAGGGAAAAUAAAAAAUUUUGAUUUACGAUGGAGAAAAUUAUUGUCAAAAAUAAUCAAAUAUCCUUGAGAAAAACUGAAAAACGUUCAAGUGAUAAUAAAUCCAUCAUUGUAACUUAUGAAUAUAGUAGAUUAAAUAUUGGUACAAGCUUUGCUAUUUAUAUUUCUAGUGAAGUAUUGAUAAAAAAAUCGAAAUACUUUCCAUUCCGAUGAGGUAGCACGAAUUUCCGAUGAGAUUCUACGAAAAAUCGGUUUUUAUUGUUUUUUUUCUUCGUUUUAGUACAGUGGUUACUUCCGUAUGUACCAUAAUUUAAAAUCAAAAAUCUCGGUGUGGACAAAAGUGCCUUUGUACAGUCGAUUGUAAAAAUUGAUGCAAAUUUGAUAGUAAUUGGAAAAUGAAAACUAUAACGAUUUGGUUGUACAGUUGCAGGGUGUACAGUAAAAUUCAAGGAUUUCAAGUUCUAAAAAAAUAAUUUUUCAAGCGCUAUAAGACUCUCUUCUUGUUGAUUUUCAACUAGAAAUUCUAUGUUAUACGAAAAACUUCUUUCAACAUCAGCGUUUCUGUGAAACAUAAUCAAAAUAAUUUUUGAGAAUUUCAGUAAGCUUUAUGACACUUUUUCAGUGGAGAACAGUUCAAAUAAACAUCUAUCAACUCUUUCUUUACUAAUAUCGAACAACUUCAAUAUCUCUGCAACCUCCUUUUUUUAAAUAAAUUGACAGUAUUCUUUUUGUAUUUUAUCAGCAUCGAUUGCAUUAAUGCGAUUUUUUUCCAGUAAUUGUGUAAGUUCAAUUUGAACACGGUUCUUUGCUGUUCUUUCUUUCAACAUGAUAUAAGGUGACAAACAAGCAGCUCCCUGUAAUAGUAUUGAUGAGAGCGGGGUUUUUCGCAAAAGCAUUUGACAGAUUGUGACAAAGAAUUCCUCGCAUUUAUUUUAAAUUGCAGAAUUUCUAUAUCUUUGAUUUGACUAUCUUUUUUCAAUACUGAAAUGGAUGUGUUAGUUGCAAUUCCUAUAUGAACUGAUUUGGUAGGUAAAAGAUUUGAUUGAAGAGACAAAAUUUCCUCCUUAACAACUCGACUCAUCAUAUCAUUAAUCAAUGUAAAUAGAUCAUUUCUCAUGAAAAGUGUCAUUGGCCAAUAAGUUUGGUACUUUGUCAAGAAAGGCUCCAUUUCACUACUAACUGUAAGCAUGAAACGAAUUUUCGGCCUAAGAAAAACAUCUUUUAAGAAUUCUUCAAUAGUUGCAACAUUAUUUGUUUUGUCAUUAUUGUCUUCUUUUCCAUCGGCUUUGAGCUUAUUGAAAUACUCUACACAGUCUUUAUGAAAAAUUUCAUCUACUCUUUUUAAAGUUUUUGAGUUUUCAAGAAACCUUGUAGCAAAAUAAUUGUGGAGCAUCCUCAAGUUUAAAUUAGCUGCAAGGUUUUUUAACAAUUUUUUAUUUACAUUGGGCCCGUCCACUUGUAACAAUUUUUUGAUCGAAAGCCCAUGUUUAUCCAAAACCUCACCUUUGAAAGCAGCAAACAAAUCAGCAACCGUAACGUGUAAAAAGGUCAACGUCAGAUACUGGCUGUCAACAUUGGUUUUUCCUUCUUGCCAAAAACGUAAUAUCACGUCCAUCUGCCCUUUUUUGGCAAAUUUAUUCAAACUUUCGUCAAAUGAUGCUAUAAAAAUUCACAAUUCCACAAGAUAUUUGCAAGUUCACUUGAAAAUAAGGUCCCAGUCCAUAGGUUAUUGAAUAACUAAUUUUGUCUUUUUUCAUUUGAUAUUUUUUUGCAAUUUCACUACCAGGGAACAUUAAAGGAAACAAAUCACUCUCUUCACCUGAACAUCGUGCAGAUUUCCUCACGUCUUCUUUUUUCACGUAAUUGUCAAUCGAAUUCGUCAAAUUGCAUUUAAAUCGAUCGCAUCGAUCGACCACACUGUUAUUUCUUGUAGAAGCACUUUCUAAAAUGCAAAUAACGGACGUCGAGGCGGGCGCCGAAGUGGACGUCGAGACGGGCGACGAAGUGGAUGUCGAAGCGGGCGCAUUUGUUGAUAAUGAAUCACGAAAUUAUUGGCUGUUCGCAUGGUUUGCUACGCGAUCUUUGUACUUAUCUCGUUUUGCAUGCGAUUUUACAGUACUUAUGCCCAUUUUGGCUUUAUUGACAUGCCAAUUACAAAAUUUACAGUAUGCAUGAUUUAUACUCAGUGUCAAAUGUCCAAGCCAUGGAGAGAAUUGUGGAUGUGUAUUCUUAUGGAGCCACACAUCUUAAAAUGUGCAUUGUUUAUUAUUCUUGUGACUCGAUAUUAGCUAAUUUCGAUUCACGCACACACAUAUAAACACAACACUACGAAAAAUUCAACAACUUUGAAGCACGCCAAAUGACAACUUGUCAAUCACUACGUAUAUACGAUUCAUCGUCGAAAGCAGGUCAGACACGCACCUCGAGCAUGCGACUCAGGCAGAGGUCAACAAGCAACUGAACAAAAAAUGUUUACUCGCGUCCAUUUGCAAGUUCAAGCAAGUAUAGACUCAAAUGCCGAAUAUGAAACCGCCGCGGCUUCGUCGCAUCGCUCGGUGCUUAUCUGAGAAUCGAAAAAAAGAUCACUGUUUACACUUAUACUUUGUACUAGCACAAACAAUACAUGUGAUACUUUUCGAAUACAUUUUUUUAUACGCAGAAUUUUCAGGAACCAGUAAUCUUUUUUUGGUCAGUUUUCAUGAAUCUAUUUGAAAAUUGUUUUAAAUUUUUUUCAGUCAUAUUCAAAUUACUAUUGUUAUUGAAUUAUCGUUGUAAGAUGAACUUUUUAAAUGACGUAUUAAAGUCUUUAGAUAAUGGCAUUUUGACAUUUCAACUUCUCGAUAGCAAACCGCUGACUGACUCACGAGCCUCUCUCGUAAGCCUUGCAUCUUCGCCCGGAUGUUUGAGGCUACGACCUUGGCCCGUCGCUACCUUCUUAUUUCUAAAAAAAGGAAUAUCGUUUCUCUGUGCCGCCAAGAAAUUGAAUAUUGCUUCUAAGCUUCGAGCAUAGAGUUUGAAAGAUGCCGACCUGUUAUCAGUGUAUGUGUGUGAGAGAGAUGCUCUCUCUCUCACUGAUGACGGCUUUGGUCGGCAACCCAUUUCGCUAAGUGCUGCAUUCAUUGGAAUUUUUCUUUCAUUAUUCAAUAUAAAUCAUAAAAGUAGACCUUUUCGAGGAUGCUCCUAAAAAAUCAACAUUUCCAGGUUUCAAGGUUAAGAUUGAAAAUCAAGGACAUUUCCAGGACUGUUAGACACCAUGAGUUGGCGUUUGAAAGUGAUGAUUCAAAUAUUUUUAAGAAAAAAGACUAUAUCUUCCAGGUAUUAGUGUCGACAAUGAUAUUAAUUCAAGAAAUUGUUUCUCUUGACAUCAUAUUUAUUUAACGAAGUACUGAGUAAAAGUAUAUAUAUAUAUAUAUAUAUAUAUAUAUAUAUAUAUAUAUAUAUAUAUAUAUAUAUAUAUAAUUUCUUUAUUAUAAGUGAAUACGAGGAUAAAAAACAUCUUUCAGUAACGUUGUCGUCGUCCGCAGUGCAGUUAAGAAUUUAAACAUAACCCAUAUCAUUUGUGUACAUAUUUAUAUAGUUUCUUUUUUUUAGAAAUUUGAUUUUUUCAUAGAACAAAAAUUUAACCCUGUAAAAAAACAAUGCAUUUCAAUGGUCAAGUUUAUGAAACAGUCUACAAUUAAAUCGGAAUAGCAACGCUUGUCAAAAAUAGAAAUUGUUUAUAUUUUGAAUGUACUUUUUUUGUAAAACGAAUGAUUUAGACCACAUUGUAUACAUAAUUUCUGGACAGUUGUUUGUAAUAAAAGAGUUGAAUCAUAA